UAAUUAGUCGGAAUUCAACAGUUAUAUAUUAUUACCAGUAGAUGUCAGUAGUGUGUACUGAUGCUUUAAACCUGACAUAAAACUAGAGGAAGAAGAACCUGUUGCCAUAGUAACUGUUGUUAGCUGGAGCAGAUUUGUUGAUGGUUAAUUUUGGAGCUAGUUGUUUUGAUGCCGUUGUCAGUAGUGAUGAUAUUUUCUGGUUUGAGCUGAUCAAGUACACAGAGAAACGCGUGUAAUUCCUGCUCUGAUUUGGGUAUUGGAGGACAAAGGAUGUCUGGAGAUCUUGUUGCUGUCUGGGAAGUGGCUUUGAGCGAUGGUGUGCACAGGAUUGAAUUUGAACAUGGCACAACAACAGGAAAACGGAUUAUUUACAUAGAUGGAAAGGAAGUAAUAAAGAGAGAUUGGAUGUUCAAACUGGUUGGAAAGGAGACAUUUCAUGUGGGAGGAACAGACACCAAGGCCACUAUUAACAUAGAUGCAGUGAGUGGCUUUGCAUAUGAGUACACUCUUGAAAUUAAUGGACAGAGUCUAAAGAAAUACAAGGAGAACCGCUCCAAAGUUACCAGCACAUGGCUCCUCAACCUGGAUGGCAUCGACUGCAGAGUUGUUCUGGAGAAGGACACCAUGGAUAUAUGGUGCAAUGGACAGAAAAUGGAAACAGCUGGAGAGUUUGUUGAUGAUGGUACAGAAACACACUUCUCUCUGGGUGAUCACGACUGCUGCAUCAAGGCUGUAAGCAGCGGAAAGAGACGAGAUGGCAUUGUUCACACACUGUUGGUGGAUGGCAUGGAAGUUUCUGAGUCUGCUGAAUGAUCAGUGUUUGGGAAUUAUCCAUCCUUAUGAGAAGAGUGUGUGCACUCUAUGUGUUUGUUUGUAAGCAUUGCAUGUGCAUCAUCUGUGCUGAUUGUAAACACAAAUCAGCAUCAUGUUGGUUCAGUAAUGGACUGUUUUGAGGCAUUGAAGAUGAGACAGACAUGUCUUACAAACACAUAGUUUAGUUAAUUGCUGUAAACCUCACAUAGCAAAAGUGUUAUAUGUAACCAUCAAGAUGGUUUAUUAUUAUUUUGUAAAACUGAGAAUGAAACGAGGCCUGCAGCCAGUUGCAAGUUAAGAACACCCUUAUUGACAAUAGCCUUACAAUUAUAACUAAGGGUUAACUCAAUUUAAAGGGACAGUUCACCCAAAAAGUAAAAUUCUCUCAUCAAUUACUCACUUUCAUGCCAUCGCAUAUGUGUAUGACUUUCUGUCUUUUGCUGAACACAAACGAAGAUUUUUAGAAGAAUAUCUCAGCUCUGUAGGUCCA